GCAGAGGGGUCCGAUACCCCUCAGAAAACUCGCAGACCGUCCGAGGAGGCGAAUUCUCCAGGGGGUCAGCAGUUAGAUGAGGCCCAGGGCAGCCACAAGACCCUCCAGCCAGGGUAGGCGGCUGACCCGCCUCCUGGGAUUUGGCCCGCGACAAGCCACGUCGCCAGCUCGGCUCUGAGUACCUCCGGCCACGCCACCGAGCGGCCUCAACCCUGAGACGCCCAGGGAACAGGAGCUGACCCUCUAGAAGCAAGAUGGCGGACUCUGCUCUCCCCUCCUUCCCCCAAGAACCCCCUCUUGGUCCCCAAAAGAAAGACAAGGACACCGGGGCGACGACGCCGAGAUCCGGGAACCUCUGCGAGGCCCGCAGCCACUCCCGAGCCCCCGGGAUAUGACUUCACCUCGCGGAGCUCAGAGCCGAGGGGGUGGGGCCACCGGAAAGACAGAGCAGACAGCUCUCACCAUGCAGGGGGCGGAGGCCGGGCAGCCUGCGCCCUCCAAGCCAUUGUUCUCCUGCCCGGGCCCAUGAUCACCCUCCUCUCAGCCCACGGACAGGAAGUCGCUCCCCAGCCGCCCCGCCCCGCUCCCCAGCGCCCCGGAAGUGAUCUGCGGCGGCUGCUGCAGAGCCGCCAGGAGGAGGGUGGAUCUCCCCAGAGCAGAGCGUUGGAGUUCUCCUCCUCCUCCUCCUCCUCUUCCAGGCGCCCAGGCUCCGCCGCCACCCGUCAGACUCCUCCUUCGACUGCUCCCGGCGCGGGGCCUCCCAGGAGACAAGGACCGAGUACCCUCCGGCCGGAGCCACGCAGCCGCGGCUUCCGGAGCCUUCGGGGCGGCGGACUGGCUUGGGGUGCAGACUAAAGUCAUUAGACUCUCCGCGCUGAACUGACUACCUGGCCUUGGGCGCUUGCACGGCUUUAGCCCAUUUUCAGAUUCUUCUUAAUCCUUUGGUGAAAACUGAGACACAAGAUGGCCGCAAAUAAGCCCAAGGGUCAGAAUUCUUUGGCCUUACACAAAGUCAUCAUGGUAGGCAGUGGUGGCGUGGGCAAGUCAGCUCUGACUCUACAGUUCAUGUACGAUGAGUUUGUGGAGGACUAUGAGCCUACCAAAGCAGACAGCUAUCGGAAGAAGGUAGUGCUAGAUGGGGAGGAAGUACAGAUCGAUAUCUUAGAUACAGCUGGGCAGGAGGACUACGCUGCAAUUAGAGACAACUACUUCCGAAGCGGGGAGGGGUUCCUCUGUGUUUUCUCUAUUACAGAAAUGGAAUCCUUUGCAGCUACAGCUGACUUCAGGGAGCAGAUUUUAAGAGUAAAAGAAGAUGAGAAUGUUCCCUUUCUACUGGUUGGUAACAAAUCAGAUUUAGAAGAUAAAAGGCAGGUUUCUGUAGAAGAGGCAAAAAACAGAGCUGAGCAGUGGAAUGUUAACUACGUGGAAACAUCUGCUAAAACACGAGCUAAUGUUGACAAGGUAUUUUUUGAUUUAAUGAGAGAAAUUCGAGCAAGAAAGAUGGAAGACAGCAAAGAAAAGAAUGGAAAAAAGAAGAGGAAAAGUUUAGCCAAGAGAAUCAGAGAAAGAUGCUGCAUUUUAUAAUCAAAGCCCAAACUCCUUUCUUAUCUUGACCAUACUAAUAAAUAUAAUUUAUAAGCAUUGCCAUUGAAGGCUUAAUUGACUGAAAUUACUUUAACAUUUUGGAAAUUGUUGUAUAUCACUAAAAGCAUGAAUUGGAACUGCAAUGAAAGUCAAAUUUACUUAAAAAAGAAAUUAAUGUGGCUUCACCAAGAAGCAAAGUUCAACUUAUUUCAUAAUUGCCUACAUUUAUCAUGGUCCUGAAUGUAGCGUGUGAGCUUGUGUUUCUCGGCAGUCUUUCUUGAAAUAUUAAAUAAAGAGGUGAGAUGGGGGUGGGGAGUGGGAGGAAAGGCAAUUUCCUCUGGUGUUUAUUAUAAAGCUUAAAUUUUAUAUCAUUUUAAAAUGUCUUGGUCUUCUGCCUUGAAAAAUGACAAUUGUGAACAUGAUAGUUAAACUGUACCACUUUUUUUAACCAUUAUGCAAAAUUUAGAAGAAAAGUUAUUGGCAUGGUUGUUGCAUAUAGUUAAACUGAGAGUAAUUCAUCUGUGAAUCUACUUUAGUUACCUGGUGAGUAACUUAGAAAAGUGGUGUAAACUUGUACAUGGAAUUUUUUGAAUAUGCCUUAAUUUAGAAACUGAAAAAUACCCGGUUAUAUCAUUCUGGGUGUGUUACUGACACCAGGGGUCCACUGCCCCAUGUGUACUGGUGAGAAAAUAUAUGCCUAGCAUGGAAUACAGCUUUUGUAUAGAAAAUUCUUGAGAAGUAACUGUCUGCUAGGAGUCUGUCCAAAUUUAAAAUGUGUGCCAUACUCUGGUUCUUGAAAAUAAGAUUCCAGAGCUCUUUGAUCGCUUUUAAUAAACUGCAAGGUCAUUUUCAGUGAAGGACCAGCAUAUACUUGUAAGAUAAUUUUCAACUGUGAGGAUUCAGCACCAGUUAUGUUUGAAUGAACCCUCCUCUUCUCUAAGAUGCUGGUCCCUGGAAAUCACUUUCUGCCAGUGGUGAGCAUGUAAGUGUUAAGUUUUUAAUCUGGGAGCAGGGCACAGGAAGAAAAUGUCAGUAGUGCUAAUGCAUUUUGCACUAGAACACUUUGGGAAAAUACUCAUGCUUGCCAUCUGUUCAUUUCUAAAUUUAUACUCAUGAAGUUACAAUUUGAUACAGGAAUUAUUAGUAGUAAUUCUUGUCCAUGUAUAAUGAAGAACACUGUAGCUACAUUUUCAGAAGUUAACAUCAAGCCGUCAAACCUGGGUAUAGUGCAGAAAAUGUGUGGCACACACUGACCACACAUUAGGCUGUGUCACCAUUGUGUGGUGUUCCUGCUGGAAGAAUUCUGGCACACUACUUGGGGACAUAAUUUCAGUCAGAAAUACGCCACUGUCAGAUUUUUUUCCCCCUCUUUGCAGUGGGGCUAGGACAGUUGAUUCAACAAAGUGUUUUUUUCUUUUUUCUCAGUCCUAAUUUCAACAGGUCAAAGAUGUGUUCAGGCAUUCCAGGUAACAGGUGUGUACGUAAAGUUAGGAACUCACUCUUUAGAUAUUACAUCCAGCUUCUCAUGUUAAAUAUUUGUCCUUAAAGGGUUUGAGAUGUACAUCUUUCAUUUCGUAUUUCUCAUAGGCUAUGCCAUGUGCGGAAUUCAAGUUACCAAUGUAACACAGGCCAGCGGGCCCAGCAAUCUCCAUGUGUACUCAUUACAGUCUUAUUUAACCAGGGGUCCUAACCACUAACAUUGUGACUUUUCUUUGAGACCUUUCCUCUCCUGGGUACUGAGGUGCUAUGAAGCCAACUGACAAAGAUGCAUCACGUGUCUUAGGCUGAUGCCACUACCCGAUUUGUUUAUUUGCAAUUUGAGCCAUUUAAAGACCAAUAAACUUCCUUUUUUAAAAUGUU